AGACAAUAUUAACCUCACUUGGACCUAAUCAACCCUAAUCUUUCGUCAGAAUCCCUAUCGUGUUCUCUUCCUCGUGUUUCCUCGCAGACUCUCUCUCUCUCUCUAAAAUUGCAGAUUCUGACAUUAUGCUUUGAGUGUGUUGCCGCCUUCAUCAUUCCUUAGGAAAUUCAUUUAAGACAUUCUAGGUUGAGUUGCAUAUAUGUUUCAUGAAGUUCCUCUUCCUAGAAUUCCCUGUCACCCAAUUAUCAAGAAGUUGAACAGCAAAAGUCGAGAAUUUAAUCAGUGUAUUUCUCAUGGAGGAAUACGAUAUUGUAGUUGGUCAAGAGUUUCCUGAUGUGAAGACCUUCCGGAGUGCAAUUAAAGAAGCUGCAAUUGCGCAACACUUCGAGCUUCGUAUUAUAAAAAGUGACCUGAUUCGUUACAUUGCAAAAUGUGCCACGGAAGAUUGUCCAUGGCGCAUACGCGCAGUUAAGCUGCCCAAUGCCCCAACAUUCACAAUAAGAAGCCUCGAAGGAACACAUACUUGUGGAAAAAAUGCACAAAAUGGGCAUCAUCAGGCUUCUGUGGAUUGGAUUGUGAAUUUCAUAGAGGAACGGCUCCGUGAUAACAUCAAUUAUAAACCAAAAGAUAUUUUGCAUGAUAUCUAUAAACAAUAUGGGAUUACUAUACCAUACAAGCAAGCUUGGCGUGCAAAGGAGCGGGGUCUUCAAGCAAUAUAUGGCUCUUCUGAAGAAGGGUAUUACCUCCUCCCUGCAUACUGUGAGCAAAUUAAAAAAACCAAUCCUGGAAGUAUUGCAGAGGUGUUUACUGCUGGUGCAGAGAACCGGUUUCAGCGGCUCUUCGUUUCCUUUUAUGCGUCAAUACAUGGGUUCUUGAAUGGUUGCUUACCAAUUGUUGGACUUGGCGGAAUCCAGCUUAAAAACAAGUACCUAGGCACCUUACUUUCGGCCACUUCUUUCGAUGCUGAUGGUGGUUUGUUUCCUCUUGCUUUUGGUGUUGUUGAUGCAGAAAAUGAUGAGAGCUGGAUGUGGUUCUUAUCAGAGUUACAUAAGGCUCUAGAAAUGAACAUAGAGACGAUACCACAGCUCACGUUCUUAUCUGAUGGACAAAAGGGCAUCGUUGAUGCUGUAAAAAGGAAAUUUCCUACUUCAUCUCAUGCAGUUUGCAUGAGGCACUUGAGUGAAAGCAUUGGCAAAGAGUUCAAGAAUUCAAGGCUUGUGCAACUUUUAUGGAGAGCUGCAUAUUCCACCACCAACAUUGGUUUUAAAGAAAAAUUGGCAGAAAUUGAAGAGGUUUCUUCUGAAGCAGCAAAGUGGCUUCAACAAUUUCCACCAUCCCGUUGGGCAUUGAUAUAUUUUGAAGGAACACGGUAUGGCCAUCUCUCUUCAAAUAUUGAGGAAUUCAAUAGAUGGAUUCUUGAAGCACGGGAGCUGCCCAUAAUUCAGGUGAUUGAACGAAUUCAUGGUAAAUUAAUGGCUGAGUUUGAGGAAUGCCGGUCCAAGAGUAAGUCAUGGUUUUCGGUACUUGCUCCAUCUGCUGAGAGGCGUAUGAAUGAAGCAACAGACCGCGCUUCAACAUAUCAAGUCCUUCGAUCAGAUGAGGUAGAAUUUGAGGUUCUGUCCUCUGAACGAUCAGACAUUGUGAAUAUCGGGACACAUAGCUGUUCUUGCCGUGAUUGGCAGCUGUAUGGAAUACCGUGUUCCCAUGCUGUUGCUGCCCUAAUCUCAUGUAGAAAAGACAUGUAUGCCUUCACAGAGAAGCGUUUUACUGUAGCUAGUUAUCGUGAGACAUAUUCAGAAGAGAUACACCCCAUCCCUGGUAAAAUUGAAUGGAAGAAAGAAGGUGAGACUCCUAUGGAUGAUGACAUUCGAGUUGUGCGGCCACCCAAGUUCCGUCGACCUCCUGGACGACCCGAAAAGAAACGAAUGUGUGUAGAGGACCUUAAUCGAGAGAAGCAUACUGUGCAUUGUAGUCGUUGCAACCAAACGGGACACUAUAAGACAACAUGCAAAGCAGAGACCAUGAAGGGUAUAGAGCAGUACUAGAAUCUUGGUAGUUUUAAAGUUGUAGUUAAAAGUUAUAGUUGUUGAUAAGCCAUGCACAAUCAGUUCUCAUGGGUAGUGCUGGUUUGUUAGGAGGGUACACUAGCUAUUCAGGUGUUGUAAAAUAGGUAUCUCUGUCACAUGUAUGCUUGUGUAUUUCAAUGAAUGGUGUGAGGGUGUUUAUUACUAUCCAUGCCUGGAUGAUUGAAACUUUUGUCAUCCUUCUAUGCUAUUAAUUGAGCCUUGAUAGUUGUACUACAUUGCUUAUAAACCAAAACUAGAACGAUGGAAG